CCGGCUUCAUCUUGCUCCCCCUUCUUUCCUUCCCGUCUGGAUACGGAAGCCGAGAGGCGUCUCUCCGGCUGCUUUUCAGCCUACCGAGGAGCUGGGCCGGGAGGGCCGCCCAGCCGGGCUGGCGGCGGCGGCUGCAGCAGAGGAAGAAAAUGGCGGCGCCGCUGCUCUCCCUCUCCGAGGGAGAAGGCGCCCGAGCGCGGCGGCGGGAACAACUCCGUGCCUGGGCCGAGGCCGAGGCGGCCGCCGCCGCUGCUACUCUUCUCCCGACCCCGCCUCCCGCAGAUUCCGCGCCUUCACCCGCUCCGGCUGGGUUGCCGGCGUCCGCGGAUGAGGCGCUGUCUCUCGCGGCGCCUGGGAUGGGCUCCGGCGGACGCCCGCGCGCGGUCCGUUUCGACGCGGCCGCCGAGUUCUUGGCCUGCUGCGCCGGCGCCGAGCUGGAAGCGGCGCGGGAGAUGCUCCGGGCCGACCCGGCCGCCGUGAACGGCACCAACGCGGACGGCAUCAGCGCUCUCCACCAGGCCUGCAUUGAUGAAAACAUGGAAGUGGUUGAAUUUCUGGUGGAAAAUGGAGCUGAUAUAAACCAGGCAGACAAUGAAGGCUGGACUCCGCUGCAUGUCGCUGCCUCCUGUGGCUACAUUGAGAUUGCACAAUACCUCUUGGACCACGGUGCCAACAUUGCUGCAGUGAAUAGUGAUGGGGACGUGCCACUGGACAUUGCUGAGGCUGACAACAUGGAGGCCUUGCUGCGAGCAGAAAUUGAGAAACGAGGGGUAGAUGUAGAGGUAGCCAAGCGAGAGGAAGAAGAGAUGAUGCUUCGUGAUGCUCGCCAUUGGCUGAAUGCUGGCAAAAUAUAUGACGAGCCUCACCCCAAAACUGGGGCCACUGCCCUCCAUGUGGCCGCUGCUAAAGGCUAUGUCGAGGUCAUGAGGCUGCUCUUGCAGGCUGGCUAUGACACCAAUGUGCAGGACAAAGAUGGCUGGGCACCCCUACAUGCAGCAGCUCACUGGGGAGUGGAAGAGGCCUGCCGGCUUUUGGCUGAGCAUUUCUGCGACAUGGAGGCUCUCAACAAUGUGGGCCAGCGUCCCUGCGAUCUUGCAGAUGAAGGUACUUUGUCACUGCUGGAAGAGCUGCAACAUAAACAAAAUGAUUUGCGCAGCAAAAAGGAAGCCCAUCGGCAGGCUGUGAUUGACACCAGUUUGGAACAGGCCCCCUCGUACACAAGCAAACAUCGAAGAAGCUCCGUGUGUCGCAUGAGCAGCAAAGAAAAGAUCUCGGUCCAAGAUCAGUCAAAGGAGCGGAAGACCUUGGGUACCAUUGCUGUGGGCGAAGAGGAGACCAGUUCGGCUUCGGAGGGGGAUGAAAUACCAGAGUCCAAUGAAGUGAAAGCUGUUCCCCCAACAGACAGCAGUGCAGUGAACGGAGUGUCUGUGACUCCAAUUAGGCCUCUGUCCCCAUGUCCUCUUGGCCCAAAGUUCUCUGGAGGUCCCAGCCGCAUCACAGAGCCAGGGAGUUUGCCAGAUCCGGCCACAUGGAGACAGAAUCUACGCAAAACAAGCAGCUUUGGAGUAUUGCAGGAUGCCAAGCUGGACGAAGGGGUCCACAAGGGGGGCAGCGGCAUCAAGCGCUCAGCAUCCAGUCCCCGGCUUGAUACAGAAGAGAAGCAAGACAUCCAGGAGCUCUUGAAGAAGUGGAACAAGAAUCCCAUUGGCCCAUGGUUAGCCAAUAGGAACACAGCUUCUGAGCCACCUGGUGACCCGAACAAAGAGCCACGCCUGGCACGAGUAAUCCCAACCCCCACUCGCCGGAUAUUUGCCCUCCCAGACACAGAACCCCACCGGGAUCCCCGACGCGCGUCAUACCAGACGCCCGUGCGAGAUGAAGAAUCUGAAUCCCAAAGAAAAGCCCGUUCUAGGCUCAUGAGACAAUCCAGGCGUUCCACACAGGGAGUAACCCUUACGGACCUCAAGGAGGCUGAGAAGACCAUGGGCUGGACCAGCGAUUCCAAAACUCCUUCAGAACAAAGGAACAAGGAGGAUGAAAAACGGGACAAAGAAGGGGAACAGCAGUCUCAGGAGACCACGGACUCUGCUAGGCGGUUCCGGCUCCUCAGUUCAGACAGUUCUUCAGUUUAUACUGUGAAUCCGUUAGUGGUGAAUUCGCAGCUCCAGAAAGGAACGGAAGUCGAUAAGGCUGGCUCUGAGCUGGAUACAGACCUUCGGAACAGACUGGCUAUCCGAGACCGCAGGAAAGGCCGGCGAGAGAGGCGCAUCACUGGUCUGGGAGGAAGCUCAGAGGGGGAGGAAGAUGAAGACACUGAACAAGUCCACAAUGAAGAUCCAUCUGUACAUAGCAGCGAUCACUUAAACAGCCUUCUGCCAAACCGGACUGCACCUUCUGGCUGCCAAAGAGGGAGCAGCGCACCUUCGGGCUGCAGAGAAGAACCGGACAAUUAUUACAAGAAACUGUAUGAAGAUCUCUUGAUUGAGAAUGAAAAGCUGAAGGAACAGUUGCAGGAGGCGCAGCUCCAACUCACACAGAUUAAGCUGGAGCUGGAAAGAGUGACCCAGAGGCAGGAGCGCUUUGCUGAACGACCGGCUCUUCUAGAACUAGAGAGAUUUGAGCGUCGAGCUUUGGAAAGGAAAGCUGCUGAGCUGGAGGAAGAAUUGAAGGCUCUUUCAGAUUUGAAGGCCGACAACCAGCGUCUUAAAGACGAAAACGCCGCUCUUAUUCGUGUGAUCAGCAAGCUCUCCAAGUGACCACCAGCUGCUGUCAUUGUCCCCCGGUUUCUGUGCGAAGCAGGGACCUUCCUCCACACACACCCCCACCCCCACAUGUACCAAGAUCCUGAGCAGGGACAGGAGAAAUACGUGAGGAUAGGGUUGGUCCCCUUCCUCUCACCACCCAGACACUCCAGACGCGGGCUGUUCUGAGGCUCGGCCAAAUAGGCCCCACCAACUAUUGUUUUCCCCAGAAGCUUGUCUCGACGCCUGCUUCUCCUCCCCCAGCCCUUCCCCUUCCCAGAGACAGUAUUUAUUUUGUGGCUUCCUUCAGUGAUGCUCUUUGCUUUAUUGCUUUUCCUCCAGGGAACAAGGAGCAUAGGGAUGAUAGGAACCAGUCUUUCUGGGAACCCAUAGGAGCGGGGUGGCCAGCAUUGUUGCUGUGGGGAAAUGGGAUUAACAGGCCUUCUUGACAACCAGGUCCUUAGGGUGUCCCUUACGGUUAAGCUUGGCAGCCCGAGAGACAAGUUACCCAGUAGUGGCCAUGCCGUAACCAGCAAAUGCUGCAAGAGGCUGGCCAGCAUUAAUGGAUCGGACGGAGGGUGGCAUCUGGUCUUUGCAAAGCUAAAAGAAGUGAGCAGCCGGAUUGCAGCAGCGAUCCAUGGCAGUCUUGGCCAAGCCAAAGCUGGCCCAGUCAUUCUUGGUCAUUCGUCAGGAGAGGCUUGGGAGUCAUGCCUGAUUAGCUGUGAGGAUGAGGAUGAAUGUCAAUGGUGGGGCAAGAGAGGCAGCAGUGCUGUGGAGUUUCUGCUCCUUUCUCUUUGCAUCUUAACACUCGGGUGCAAAUAUUGAGUUGUCCCCUUUCUGGUCUUUGAAUGUCCAUAAAGUUAGGUGGGUUUUUCAGAAUUGCACCUAACUUAGGCCAAAGGAAACCUCCCCCUUCCUUCCUUCCUCCUGCCAUGUGAACCGUAGCCUUCUGCCAACACCCAGCCUGUUGAUGCUGCUGCUGGCACUGUCACCUGAGGUUUGAAGCCAAUAAGAGAGGCCAUAGCCAAAACCCACACUUGACACGGUUACAUAAAUUGCCAGCCUUCACUCCUGCUUCUCCAGGAGCUGUGCCUCCUUGACCUUUCAUUUUCUAGCUCCCUGGGCACCAUUUGUCUCCCAGAAGUAAUCUGGAGUUCCAGCUUAGUGGCUGUCCCAUAUUUUGCUUCCUGCACGCAUGCAAUCCAAUACUUUCAAUGUUAAAACUGAGGGCUAGAAGUACUUCAAAGUGAAACUGAGGGCUAGAAGUAAUUCCAAGAGAAAAACGGGUCCAAAGUACUACCCUGAAAAUCCUGUUUGUGUGUGUGUGUGUGUUUUUCCUGCGCUAUCAUGAGCCAAGAUUCCUUUGCCAAAAUAAAUAAAUCCUCCCUUUUCUGCCAUGGCCCCUUCUUCUUACCCCCCACUUUUCUUCCCUCCACUGUCCUAGUCCAGGGACGUCCCCCACCUCCUUCCAUAAAUAUCUGUACAUAACAGAAGUAUUUUCUAUAUGGCUGCAUUGCCAACAAAAACCAGAAGAAAAAUGCAGAGAAACUUAAAUGUGCAAUAUCGCAUGAGUAUUUUUUUUCCAAAGAAGUCUCUAUAUUGUACUUGUUUAUUUAGCAGCACAGCUGCCAUUGUUUUAAAGAACAGGGAAUUGAAAUUACCGUGUUUGAAUAUAAUAAACAAAAUUUUAAAAUUGG